CAACAAGCCCUGAAUGAGCGCGCGCUCAGGAACCCAGCUGCUCUCGUUCUCUCGCGCUUUGCGAGCACGCGCACACACACGCGCGCAGAUCCGUGCACUCAGAGCUCCGCGCGCUGCUCUCCGGUCGCGCGUGAACGCGGAGCUCGAGAACGCGCGCGCGGCUCGGAGCGGGAGUCAGGGAAAUCAAAACACGGCGGAGAGGAAGAGAGAGGGGGAGAGCACACAGGACAGACAGACAGAGAGCGGGCGGACGCGAACGUGUUAAAUAUCCUCUGGCUAACAGAGUCUCUCUCUCUCUCUCUCUCUGUUCUCGACAGAAGAACAUUUUGGAGUUUUUCCUUCCUUUCACGGAUGUGUGAGCUCGGUCAUUCACAGCAGUGUAAAUAAGUGCGAAAGAAAGGAAAUUUGGCUAUUAAAGUACUUUGAAGAAACUGGCGGGUCGCUGAAAGAAGACUGAAUGGACGAUACAUUGUAACAAACACAAGAUGAUUGAUUUCUACUUCUGCUGCUGUUCCUGAGACCUCUCUUCUACUUCUUCUUCUUCUUCUUCUUGGACAUGUUGUGAUUAAAACCUUCUCCUCAGACUGUCUGUCUGUCCUGCUGUGAAGAAAUUCUGUAUAAAGAUACCAGCUGGAAUCUCCAGACCUGAGUUUUUAUUUGUAAUUUUUUAGGCUUCAUGCGAUGAAGAAAAGGAAACUCUACUGAGAUUUGACAGUGAGAAGGUUUCCCUGAACCGAUAUUCAGUUUGGAGUCUUAUCCGAGAUUGAUUAUCGUGCAACUUUUAUGAGGAAUAAAGUUCCAGAUAAGAUUCGAUGCAAGACAUCAGGAAUCAGGAGUUCGUCUGAAUUGUCCAACAAGCCUGAGAUCACGUCCUAUGGACUAGACUUGUAUCCAGAACUCUUCUAGCUUGGACUGUGGUAACAUUUCGUGAACUCGUCAGAGUCUCGGGCAGUGGCCUUUCAGCCAGACUGCCUUAUAAAAAAAACGCAGACGGGUUUCUGAGCCUCAUCACGAUGGAGGAGUGGAGACAGUGCGCCCGGUGGCUCAUCGACUGCAAGGUCUUGCCCCCGAAUCACCGGGUGGUCUGGCCCUCGGCUGUCGUCUUCGACUUGGCCCAGGCGCUCCGAGACGGGGUGCUGUUGUGCCAAAUGCUGCACAAUCUGUCACCCGGAUCUGUAGACCUCAAACAGAUCAACUUCAGGCCUCAAAUGUCACAGUUUCUGUGUCUGAAGAACAUCCGGACGUUUCUCAAGGUGUGCCAUGACAAGUUCGGUCUGAGGAACAGCGAGCUCUUUGACCCCUUUGACCUGUUUGACGUGAGGGACUUCGGGAAGGUGAUCUCUGCGCUGUCCAGACUCUCUCAGCAGAGCAUCGCUCAGAUUAAAGGCAUCAGGCCUUUUCCAUCAGAGGACACAGCGCUGAAUGAAGAUGACGUCUACCGAAGCUUGGAGGAACUGGCUGAUGAGCACGAUGUGGGUGAGGACGACAUCUAUGACUGUGUGCCGUGUGAAGAUGAAGGAGACGAUAUCUACGAGGACAUCAUUAAGGUGGAAGUUCGACAGCCUAUGAAAAUGGGCAUGACGGAGGAUGAUAAGAGGAACUGCUGCUUGGUGGAGAUCCAGGAGACAGAAUCGAAGUACUACAAGACACUGGAGGACAUUGAAAAGAGUUACAUGAUCCCCCUGAAGCAAGUCCUAACUCCACAGGAGAUGAAGGCCAUAUUUGUGAAUCUAGAGGAUAUCAUCAGAGUCCACUUUGCCUUGCUGAGGGCGAUCGACCAGAACAUGCUGACCGGAGGCAGUGGCCUUGGAAAGAUCUUCCUGGACUUCAAGGAGAGGUUGCUGAUCUACGGUCAGUACUGCAGUCACAUGGAGCACGCUCAGAAGACGCUGGAUGACCUGAUUGCGACGCGGGAGGAGGUGAAGUGUAAAGUAGAGGAGUGCACCAUGAAGGUACAGGAGGGAAAGUUCAAGCUGCAGGAUCUGCUGGUAGUUCCUAUGCAGAGGGUCCUCAAAUACCACCUACUGCUCAAGGAGUUAGUGAGUCACUCGAUGGAUCGGCCGGAGAGACAGCAGCUGAAGGAGGCCCUGGAAGCCAUGCAGGACCUGGCCAUGUACAUCAAUGAGGUGAAACGGGACAAUGAGACUUUGAAGAAAAUCGGAGAGUUUCAGUGUUCAAUAGAAAAUCUGCAGGUGAAACUGGAGGAAUACGGGCGGCCAAAGAUAGAUGGAGAACUCAAAGUGUGCUCUAUAGUUAACCGGACCAAACAGGACAGGUACAUCUUCCUGUUCGAUAAAGUGGUAAUUGUGUGCAAGAGAAAAGGCUACAACUACGAGCUGAAAGAAAUCAUCGAGCUCCAGUAUUACAAAAUGUCAGACGACCCGACAAAUAACAGAGACAUGAAAAAGGCCAGUGGAAAGAUGUGGUCGUAUGGCUUCUACCUGAUCCACCUGAAAGGCAAGCAAGGCUUCCAGUUCUUCUGUAAGACCGAGGACACCAAAAGGAAGUGGAUGGAACAGUUUGAGAUGGCCAUCUCCAACAUCAAGCCAGAGAGAGCCACGGCCAACCAGCACGACUUCCAGAUGCACACGUUUGAAAAGAACACCAACUGCAGAGCCUGUAAGAUGCUCCUGAGGGGGAUCUUCUAUCAGGGUUACUACUGUUCCCGCUGUGGGACCGGCGCACAUAAAGAGUGCCUGGAGGUCAUCACCAUCUGUAAAAUCAAUCCUCAUGACUCGGAGCUUGGACUUCCACAGUCAGGUCCAAAGAUGGUUGCAAUCAGGAACUACCAUGGCACCCCAGCACCCCCGGGCAAGUGCCCGCUCUCUUUCCAGACAGGUGAUGUCAUUGAGCUUUUGAAAGGAGAUCCAGACACCUCCUGGUGGGAGGGGAAGCUGAUUCAGACCCUGAAGAUCGGCUACUUCCCCAGCUCCAGCGUAAAGCCAUGUCUCGACCCAAAGCCAUCUCAGUCUUUUCCGAGUCGUCAGUCCUCAAGAGAGACGGAUUACAAUGUUUAUCCGUGGUUUGCAGGGAAUAUGGAGAGGCAGCAAGCUGAUAACCUGCUGAAGUCUCACAGCAGCGGCACAUACCUGAUCAGAGAGCGAACCGCGGAGGCAGAACGCUUUGCCAUCAGCAUAAAGUUUAAUGAUGAAGUGAAACACAUUAAAGUGAUCGAGAAGGACAACUGGAUUCACAUCACCGAAGCGAAGAAGUUUGAGAGCUUGCUGGAGCUGGUGGAGUAUUAUCAGUGUCACUCACUGAAAGAGAGCUUUAAGCUGCUGGACACAACGUUACGAUACCCGUACAAGUCCAGAGAACGCUCCAACUCCAGAGCCAGCACCCGCUCUCCAGUUUUCACACCGAAGGUGGUGAGCACAGCGGUGGCCAGAUAUAACUUUGCAGCUCGAGACAUGAGAGAACUGUCUUUGAGAGAAGGAGACAUCGUCAAAAUCUACAGCAAGAUCGGAGGAGACCAGGGCUGGUGGAAAGGAGAGGCUAACGGCAGGAUCGGCUGGUUCCCUUCAACAUACGUCGAUGAGGAAGGCGUGCAGUGAAGCUCUGAUGUCAUCUGCUCUCUCCAAUCAGAUCGUCUCUCGUCCACUUCUAUAUGGGAGAGGAUUUCUUUGGUUUCUGCAGAUACCCCUUGUGGAAUACAUAGGUUUUUUUGUUUGUUUGUUUGUUUUUUGCUGGAAAUUGAUUUUACAGUGAAUAUUUGUACUCCUAUUUCUUCAUUUCAACUUUUUUUUUCUUUGCCUUUUUCUGAAAAUGUCUGUGUGAUCUGUGUGAAGAGAAGUGGAAAUUGUUUCUGCUGGUCUUUUGGAGAAGCGGAGCAGAGCAGAACUUCAUCUUGGGCAGAGCAGAGCUUCUGCUGAUCCUGAAUCGGUGUAAAAAUAGAUCUAUAAAGAUUUCUAUGGCCAAACAGCAUGAGCUGCGGUUGGGGGGGGGAGCGUGUAUAGAUAAUUUAUUCCAGAGAAGUAUCUAUGAUUUAAAAGAGGAAAAAAAAAAAGAGUGGUGUUAAAAGUUUAUUAUAAAAGUAACCUGGAAAAGAUGCACUUUGCAUUUCUUUACAGAGAGAACUUGCCUUAGUAGUCAUUCUAAUGCCUUGUGGGCUGACAGGAGCCGUGGAAAUACGCUGUGGGGAAAUUUUUACAGAUACACACAAAUGAAAACACACACGUCUGCCCUGUUUAGUAAUACGGUGCCUUUAACAAAGUGCGGUCGCAGCUCGAAGACCACAUGCACACGUUCUCCCUGAUUCAUCGACUCUGGAGAUCAGUCCAGCCUGGGAAAUCAUUCUGACGAGUAAUCUGUAACGAAAUGGAGGGUGCACCGGAAACACCCUCAGGACGAUGAUCAUCUCCAUGGAUGUGAGUGAAUAUGGUAUUGAGGACUUGCUAUGCAGCUUGCUUACACAUACACUGAUCCAGAACUGAGAUUCAAUCCUAAACACUCAGUGGGUUGAUGUGAGGAAAUACGGUGGUCUCUUGGAAUCUGCAGUUUGUUUGUUUUUUUCCCCCGCCCAAUUCCAGGACCAAUGCGAAACAUUUUAGAAUGCAUUGUGGUUAAAUAUUACGCUUCUAAUCACACCUGUAAUGAUUUUUUUUCCCUGAUUUUCUGUUGUUAAUUUGAUUUACUUGCCUUACUGAUUGGUUGACCAAUGGUGCUGCAGUGAUGUGUUUUUUUUUUUUUUUUUAAAUCUGGGUUCGUAACAGGAUUCUGUGAACUAAGAGCCUGCUGCUUGACCUGAACCUCAGCCAUUAAGUGCACUUUAUCCAUCAGAGACCAUAAAACAGGCUGCAAGACUAAAAGUUCUCAUGUCAGGAGAUAAACAAGCACGGUUAUCCAAAUGGACUGCCUUUCUGAAAAUCGUCGUUUCUUGGACCCAAUUUCAAGUCGCCCUCUAAUAGAGAAAGACUUCGUGGUUUUCCGGACACGCUGAUGAUCGAGUCUGUCAGGACUUAAUCAUGUUUCUAAACUCCUCCACAGCUGCACUGAUAUCAGCCCGUCAUGUAAUCUACUGAAAAACGCCACGUUUCUGUGUUCCGUCAACCAACACUGGCACCAUUUCAUAGCAAGCUGAUGGAAGAGAUGGAUGGUAUGUGCGUAUCUGAUGAGAAACGUUCACUGGCCAGCGUCAGGCCUGAGAUGUUCUGUGGUUUAGCCAAGGAGCUUCAUCACUGUUUGUGUAGUGGACAGAAAGCCAUUGCAUGUACUCAUAGAUAUUACAACUCCUGUCAGUGAUCCAGAAAAAAAAUAAAUAAAUAAACUAAUUGUG